AUUAGGAAUAACCAAAGGAAUUUUUCUUUUUUUUUUUUUAUCUAAUUUCACAUUAAUAAGCAACCAAAUUCUGGUUUAUAUUGAAGUAUAUGCUUGGGUUGUCCCCUCCAGUAUUAAUUUUUGUUAUCUAACUUGUAGUCUUCGCCAUAUUCUUGCUUGAAGCGAAAGGCAUUUCUUCAGCAUUAGGGUAUAAAACAUUUUCCAUGCUAAUUAAGCUGGACUUGACCUGCUUCCUUCGUCUCCAACUCCUUCUGCCCCCCUUUUGCAAAAGAAAAGCCAUGCGUCCCUCAUUGAAAAACCCUCCACAAGACAAGGGUUCUCAAGGUCCUAACCUUCCACAAACAAAUCCGUCUCCAUUUGUGGUUCCUUCAACAGAUUAUUCCCGGCAACAUCAGAGUCCAAAACAAAGUCCCACAAGAGACCACCAUGCUCCUUCAAGUUAUCCCAACCAGAACCAACAAAGUCACCACAACCAGCAACUGCAGCUGCAACCAGCUCCACGAAGGGUUUCUUCUCCACAGAGAGAUCCUUCAGAAGUUGAUAAUACUCAACCAACUGAUCAAAUUUCCAACAAUUCCCAGCAACAGUCACUGUUGCUUCCAAAAGACAAUUCUCAGCCAUCAAGUUAUCAAAGUUCCGAUGAUUACCAGCACUGCAAACCUCCAUCUCCAGUUCGUCAACAAGAAAGCCCUCCAAGCUCUCAGAUGUAUCCAGGUUCACAAUUUAAUCCUGUAACAGGACAACCUCAAGCUGUAGUUCCUGUUAUCACCGCCUUUCCACUUGAAAGCUACAAGCUUCCAACUCCAGAUCAUGUGCCAGGGAAUUCUCCCCCAGAAGGAUAUCCACCUCAAGCACAACCACCACAGCCUCCAUCGCCGCCUCCUCAAAAAGUUUGCUUCUGUUGUAACUGCUUUUGAUUCAGUUAUUGCUUAAACCAUGUGUAACAAUUAAUGCAAUGAUUGGUUUUUCCAAAAUUCACUAUAUUGUUAUUGAAAAUUAUAAGCGUGUAAGAGUUUCCUAUUUUUUAUCCCAACUCAUAAAAUUUAUAAUUUUUGAAGUUAUAAUUUUGUAGUAUCAGCUUCUAAAACUUUUAGCUCUCCACAAGAAGCUAAUGUCAACCCCUAAAAACUGUAUUUAGUUCAACAGUUCUACUUUUGCUUAAGCUUAGAGUCUUAGACGAUACGGAGAAAUGACAUCAUGUCAUAUUAGCUCAUGGAAAUGAUAAUCAAUUCUGAACUGAGAA